ACUUAACUUCACUGACUUAGGAUAAACAUCCGACCCCCUUGAUUCACUUACCUGAUUAUCGCUCAUAAACCACGUGCCCAUACGACAACGGUUCUUGCAUCUUUGUUUUCGAGCUUAAUAUGAUCAUAUCUCUGUCAAGCUGACACCAGUCCUCGCUAUUGUACCUAUUGUACCUGUGAUUCCCCAGCUGGACCACAACAUGAGCCCAAUCAACUCGCUCUCUGCUAUUGUACUCGAUAAUCUCGCGAGCAGUCCCUAUCCGAGAGAGACUGCGACUCUGAACUACGCCAAUGGCACGGGCACUCGCGAGAGCCACGGAUAUCCAAGUUUCCGACAGUCAGAUGUCACUUAUGGAGAAUCCACAGAAGCUCGCACUAUAUAUACGGUCGUUUCUAUGUGUUGUCUCAUGGGGCUUGCUACUAUGCUAGGAUGUCGCGCGCGCCAGCUCAAGCUCAACAACAUACUCAUGAUCAACGUCGUGCGGGCUUCAGUCGUGUUGAUGUAUGUCAUGGGGAUCUUUUUCGUGUUCGCCGCCGCGGUCGUCGAGAUUGGGUUAGGCCUAUCAACACCGGCAGUGUGUCAAGCUGCGAUCUUCGUCUGUUUGGUGUUCUACAUGGCUAGCAAACUAUUUAUGUAUAUCUUUCUAAUCGAGCGUAUCCAUAUCUUGCGAAGCCCCUACAGCAAUCGCACUCGUGACUGGGUUUGGGUUGGCGGCAUGGUGUCACUUGCAGUAGGAUUUGGUGGCAUCGCCAUCAUCGGGUUCAUUUGGCCCAUGGCCGACCUCUCAGUCGAGGAUGGAAAAUGUCGUAUUGGGUUGCCUCUCAAAGUCAGCGUCCCCUUGCUCACGUUCGACGUGGCAGUCAAUGUCGCCCUGACUGCAGUUUUCAUUUACCUUCUACGCCCCCUACUGACACUGGGCUCAAAUUCGGUAACGUCUUCGUCGGCCGUGGCGAAAGCCGUUUCUAUUGCGUCAUGGGCCUUGGGCAUUGGCAAACGCCAUAGCGAUCAAGAACACCCCAGCAAUGCAGCGCUACUCAAGCGAGUCAAGAAACUGCUGUGGAAAUCCCUCCUUGGCAUGUUGCUGGUGCUGCUUCCUACCAUGGCCAACUUGACGGUUCUGUACACGUUUCAAGGACGUGAACUAGGAUGGGUAUGCUUUACAAUAUGCACGCUCGACAUAACAUGGGGUGUAUCGAUUGUGCACUGGCUCACUAUGGAUCCCAUGGAGAUGGAUGGCCGCAACCCAUCGUUAGAACUUGCAGACUCCUCUAGCAUCACGACCAGCGUGGGAUCGCCAGGGGUGCGAUGCUAAAGACGACUACCUGUGCUUUAUUGAAACGCAACAAGAUGCACAAUAUUUGUGAAAAAGGAGUUCUGGAUCUAUGAAGGGCGAUGUUGGAUGCAACAACAGGCAAGGCACACAACGGCGUUCGAUAGGAAGGACGAAUACCCCGGUCUCUCAGGCACUGGAGUAGAUGGAUCAGAGUACAGACGUUUCAAACGAACAGAACAGAAAGAAGG